CCCACCCUUUCGCCCUUUUUCUACCUUCCAAAUCUUGCACAACGAGACGCUAGUUUUAGGACUAUUUAACCAGCUUUUUUGCGACAUUUUGGACUUCUUCUGGACGAGCAUUCAACCCAAAAGAACAUUAUUAUCACCCAAAAGAAGACUGCGAAAUGAGUGAGCAGAGCAUUUGUCAGGCGCGGGCCUCAGUCAUGGUCUAUGACGACACCAGUAAGAAAUGGGUCCCGAUCAAACCAGGACAACAGGGCUUCAGCCGCAUCAACAUCUACCACAACACUGCCAACAACACCUUCAGAGUGGUGGGGGUCAAACUGCAGGACCAACAGGUGGUGAUAAACUACUCCAUAGUGAAGGGGCUGAAGUAUAACCAGGCCACACCCACAUUUCACCAGUGGAGAGACGCCCGCCAGGUCUACGGUCUGAACUUUGCCAGUAAAGAAGAAGCCACCACCUUCUCCAACGCCAUGCUCUUCGCCCUCAAUGUGCUCAGUGCCCAGGAUGGAGGUCCAGCUGUACAACGCCAAGUCCAGAAUGGGCCGACCUCAGAGGAGAUUGAAGCUCAGAGGGCCAGGCAGAUGAUGGAGCAGCAGCAGCAGCAGCAGAUGCAGGCACACAUGGAAAGAGAGCGAAGGUCUUCCAACUCAGGUUCUCCUUUCCAGGGCCACCCCGCUGUGCUGUCUGUAGCGCCCCCUGUAGUCCCUCCAUGUAUGAACAUGGGCGGUGCUCCUCCUCCCCCUCCGCCUCCCCCGGGCCCCCCUCCCCCACCGCAGCACCCCAGCCCCCCUCCCUCCCCCACUGCCUCUGGGGGGGCCCACGGAGAUGACUCACCCGCCCCGACCGGACUGGCCGCCAUGAUCGCAGGGGCCAAACUCAGACGCGUCCAAAGAUCGGAGGAGAAUUCAUCGUCAGCUCCAAAGAGUGAAGCGAACCGGACGAGUGGAGGGAGCGGAGGUCUGAUGGAGGAGAUGAACGCACUGUUGGCCCGAAGAAGGAAAGCAGCAGAAGAUGGGCAAAAUGAUGAUCCAAAUUCACCUUCACCCAGCACUCGUAGCGGACAAAACUCUACAGACGGUGUGAGGAAACCAUGGGACCGGGCCAACUCUGCAGACAGGUCCAUGGUGUCAAGGGCCAGAGCUGCAGGGAGCGGAGGAGAUUCAGAUGUAGACUUCGAUAGGAUGAAACAGGAAAUUUUGGAUGAAGUUUUCCGUGAGUUGCACAAAGUAAAGGAUGAAAUUAUCGAUGCCCUUAGACAUGAACUCACUCGGGUUAGCACCACAUAAUCUUUCUGAGCCACUGCCCCAAAAAACAAAACCUUUUUCAAAACCGACCUGCUGCGGCGUUGUGGCCCUCAAGAAGAAACGAACAAAAAGAAGAAGAAGAAUGAAGAUGAAGAAGAAGAAGAAGAAGAAGAGGAGUGAAAAUACUGUGACAUCACCCGUCCCACAUCCGCCUCUGUAAUGUCUGUGUAACAUUCGGUUUGGUUGUUUGAACAUGUGAUCGCCAGGGCACAAAGCAAGAACUCUAUCUGCAGUUGAGUUAAAAUGACUUGAAUUCAGAAUCUUAGGUUGAGUGUCUUGUGGUUUCUCCAGGGAUGUCUCUAAAAAACAUCUUAAUACCUUGUUUAUCUGCAAAUAUAGCAUUUUCAAACCACCUAAAGGUCACAUAGUUAUCUGAAUAUCAAUCAAUCAAUCAAUCAAACUUUAUUUAUAAAGCGCUUUUCAUACAAAAAUGUAACACAAAGUGCUUUACAGAGAUUAAAAACAAUCCACC